CAGUGUGGGCGCCGCCCGUCGGGCCGUCAGAGCGGCGGGACGCCGGGCAUGGAGGCGGCGGGCGGCGGCGAGCGGGCGGCGGCGACAGCAGGAGCAGCAGGGGCAGGCGUGGCGUGGCAGGGAUGAGGAGCCGGCAGCGGAUGUUUGCAGCGGUGAUGCGCCUGCUCCUCAAGUGCCUGCGGCUGGGCCGGCGGCGGCGGUUUAAGCUGGUGCGGCAGGUGGAGCAGCUGUGGCGCUACGGGCAGCUCUGCCUCCACUCCCUGCUCUACAACUCCUUCACCAACGGUGAUGUGGUGCUCGACUCCCUCUUCGAGCCCAUCUACUGGCUGGUGGACCAUGUCACCCGGUGGUUUGGUGUGGUGUUUGUGGCACUGGUGAUUGGGCUGACGAGCUCCAUUGUGGCCAUUGUGUACAUCUGCCUGCUGCCCCUCAUCCUGCAGACCUACACACCUGCCUGGAUCUGCUGGCACCUCGCCUAUGGACACUGGAACCUCAUCAUGAUCGUCUUCCACUACUACAUGGCCAUCACCACCUCACCCGGGCACCCGCCACAGGCCAAGGAGGAUCUCACUGGCGUCUCCAUCUGCAGGAAAUGCAUCGCCCCCAAGCCGGCUCGCACCCACCACUGCAGCAUCUGCAACAGGUGCGUGCUGAAGAUGGACCACCACUGCCCCUGGCUAAACAACUGCGUGGGACAUUACAACCACCGCUACUUCUUCUCCUUCUGCCUGUUCAUGACCAUGGGCUGCAUCUACUGCACCAUCAGCAGCUGGGAGAUGUUCCGGGAUGCCUAUGCAGCCAUCGAGAGAAUGAAACUGCUUGAGAAGGAGAGACUGCAGGUGGCUGCCAACCAGACCUACUACCAGACCCCACCGCCCACCUUCUCCUUCCGCCAGCGAGCUUUUCACAAGAGCGUGGUCUACCUCUGGGUCUUGUGCAGCUCGGUUGCGUUGGCCCUGGGUGCCCUUACACUGUGGCACGCUGCCCUCAUUACCCGUGGGGAAACCAGCAUCGAGCGGCACAUCAACAAGAAGGAGAGGCAGAGACUGCAGAAGAAAGGCAAGGUCUUCAGGAACCCCUACAGUUAUGGCAGCUGGGAUAACUGGAAGGUGUUCCUGGGUGUGGACAUGCCAAGGCACUGGCUCACCCGCGUCCUGCUGCCCUCUCCUCACCUGCCCCACGGGACGGGCCUGAGCUGGGACCUGCCACCCUGCGUGACCAAGCAGCGCACCCCACUCCUGGCCAUCUGAGGCCCAGGUGCUGCAGACGCGCCUCCCCGCAGGCAGGGGAGCACACAGGGGACCCGUUCUGCCACCGCCGCCCCUGCUGGCCCUGGUGGGAGGCAGGUGCUGGUACGCAUCGCUGACUGGAGCCAGAGCUAGUGCCUGGAUGCCUGCUCUUGGCUCCUUGGGGGCUGCAGGCAGCCCUGGGGGAACACAACAGAGCUGCAGCUGCUCCCUGCUCUAACUGAAGGUGCUGCCCUCGCUAGCACAGGUGCAAGCCAGCGCGUGGCCCUGCUCAGCUCUCUGGCAGGGCUGGGCGCAGAGGACAGCACUCAUGCCCCCAGGCACUCCCCAGGGCACCCUUUUUAAGACCCUCCAAUAAAUUUUUUUUUUUUUUU